AGGGGUCUCUCACGCGGCGGCCCAGCGCUGCCAUUGUUGCUCCGGCCCGCGGCCACUCAGGCCCAGGCGGCAGGCGCCGCCGUGGGGAGCAUGGAGGGGGAGAGCACCUCGGCCCUGCUCUCCGGCUUCGUCUUUGGCGCCCUCGCCUUCCAGCACCUCAACACCGACUCGGACACUGAAGGCUUCCUCCUUGGAGAAGUGAAAGGUGAAGCCAAGAACAGCAUUACUGACUCUCAGAUGGAUGAUGUUGAAGUUGUUUAUACAAUCGAUAUACAAAAACAUAUUCCAUGCUAUCAGCUUUUCAGCUUUUAUAACUCUGCGGGUGAACUGAAUGAGCCUGAACUGAAGAAAAUAUUAUCAGGUUGCAAAAAGAAUGUGAUAGGCUGGUACAAAUUCAGACGUAAUACAGACCAGACAAUGACAUUCCGAGAAAGACUUCUUCACAGGAAUUUACAAUCAUACUUAUCAAAUCAGGGUCUUGUCUUUCUGUUACUAACUUCCAGUGUAACUACAGAAAGCUGUUCCACUUACAGAUUGGAACAUGCUUUGCAUAGACCUCAAGAGGGUCUUUUCCAGAAAGUUCCUCUGGUAGUUGCCAACUUGGGUAUGGCAGAACAGCAAGGUUACAGAACUGUGUCUGGCUCCUGUAUUUCUGAUGGCUUUGGCAGAGCAGUAAUAAAACACAGGUCAGAAUUUUUUUAUGAAGAUGGAUCACUAAAAGAGGUUCAUAAGAUUAAUGAAAUGUAUGCCACCUUGCAGGAGGAAUUGAAGAAGAUAUGUUCUAAAGUAGAGGGCAGCGAACGAUCAGUAGAGAAACUUCUAGCAGAAGUGGACCAACUAAAACAAGCAAUAAAAAGAAAAAAGGAGCAGACACAAACUUCAGGAGAGAACACGUGUGUUUCAGAUGAACCAAAGGAGAAUGUUUUCCUUUGUCAAGCUUUACAAACAUUUUUCCCAAAUUCUGGACUUCAGACUUCCCUUAUUUCCUUAAAAGGCAGGCACAUUUCUAAACACUGCUGUAACACUGACCACAAAAUAAAUGUAAUGGACAAACUGACUCUAAUGCAAGAAGACAGUGACUUUUCUGAAGCUGGAACAAGGCAGAUAACCAAGCGUAAAGCUAGUGUGACCACAGCUGGACGAAAACCAUUCAAGAAAUCACGCUCAUUACAACUUCACCAUAAGUUACUUAAAGGGGACCAAGACAACAGAGACCAAGAAGGAAAGCUUGCAAUGAGUGGUACUGAAACAGAUGAGGAAACUUUGGAGAAACUUAAGGACACUAAUGAAUAUCCACAAUCGCCAACUUUUUAAUCCUUUUGGGCCAGGUGUAGGAUUUUCCUCAGGGUGACCACUGCUGCACCAAAAAAAUGCUGCCAACACAUUUACUAAGUUCCAUCAAUUGACAGUAGGGCUAAACUAAUGUAUUUAAGUAUCAUUUUGUAAAAAUUUUUAAAUGUAAAACAGUUUUUUUUAAAUGCAGGUAUCUUAUUUGGAAAAUAUAGAGAAGAGUCCAGAUUACAUUCCCUCACUCAGCAUUCCCUUUCUUGCAGGGCUCACAGUAGGAAUAGCAGUAGAGUACAGACAUUGAAACUGAAGAGCUGCUGCAACUGUCAGAGUUGGGAUGUACUGUACCUUGCCUUUUUAAGUGAUGCUCUGUACUUAUUGCUAAACUAUUGUUAAAGGAGGCUACCACCACAUUUAGGCUUUGCUCAGCAGCAGCUGACGUAUACAGUGCCAAAGCAGCUUGGGAUCUGGGUCUGCCACAAUGUUAAGAGCAAAAGUUGCUGUCUUACUCUAAUCACUUGCUCUCUUGCAUUCUGACCAUUUAUAUUUUGGGUUUUAUUUGCAAAUGGCUCCUAUGAUGAGCAAGUUUAAUUCCAUGUUUCCUGUACUUCAAACUCAGAAAGGUAUGGAGGAGGGUCCUGCUGCAUUUUAAGAUCAGAUGAUAAUGCAGGAAAACAGCACACAAGUGUUUUGAGAAGUUUCCUACAGGCUUUAAGUUUUCUCUAUUGCAAACAUGGAGAACUUUCUCUCCUUAUGAGUGCUCAAUUCUGUUAUUUGUUAUGGUGUGUAAUAUGUCAUAACUUCUUUCAGGCAAUUAUGUAAAGGAAUGCCAAGCAUUUUGGGUAAGAGUAUAACUGACCUGAGCAUCCAUUCUAAAAUUGUUAGUAUUGUGUUACAGAAGUAAAGGUUCUGGUAGUAAUGAGCACAAACAUUAUAAAUAACUUUAUUGUUUUAUGCACAAUUUACAUAAUUUACUCCGGAUGCCUGAUAUCACAAAUUUUUGGGUCAUUAAGAAAUGUUGGAUCCUUGUACAUAACUGGCAUAAAUCCUGCAAGAAAUUAAUACUGGUAAGUGUUUAAAUAAAAAAUAAUUUUGUCUACAAAAA